CAAUCCGACGGGGGCUUUUCUUCACCGCCUAUGGCCGCACAUCGGCAUCCCUGAGCCGCUGGCCUCGUCCAGGACCUUUUACCCAUCGUUGUCCUCAAAAGGUCUUUGAAUCGGGGAGACAUUUCUUUUUUCUUUUUUUUUAAAUCAUCCUCGGCAGACUAUUUUAAAAGAACCCGGUGCUAUGCUGGGCCCAUCUCUCUAGAUCUUGUGAUUAAUACACGAUCUCUCCUCCCACAUUCGUCCGACGGAGAUCCUGGUACUCCCCUCCAUCCCCAGCGAUGCAUCCUAGCGCAGUGAUGCUGGCGGUGGUCCUUAUUCUGGGGAACUUGAUGCUGCCUUUCAUCUCGGCUCAAAACGCUGGGUUUGUGAAGUCGCCAAUGUCUGAGACUAAGCUUACGGGGGACACCUUUGAGCUGUACUGCGACGUGGUCGGCAACCCCACUCCGGAGAUCCAGUGGUGGUAUGCCGAGAUCAACCGAGCUGACUCCUUCAAGCAGCUGUGGGACGGAGCCCGUAAGCGCCGGGUAUCCAUCAACACGGCCUACGGCGCCAAUGGGGUCAGUGUGCUUGGCAUCACGCGUCUCACACUGGAGGACUCUGGGACCUAUGAGUGCCGGGCCAGCAACGACCCCAAGCGCAAUGACCUCCGACAAAACCCUGCCAUCACCUGGAUCCGUGCCCAGGCCACCAUUUUGGUGCUACAGAAACCAAAGAUCAAUGCCUCUGAUCAGACCAUCCUGUCAGCGGACAACCCAAGAAAACAAAUCUCCCUGCAGUGUAACCUCACCACUGCCCACACGCCCCACAAGGAGAGCUUCUGGAUGAAGAAUGGGCAGGAAAUCCAAAACACACGGACAGAGCUGAGGAACACAGCACACAGAAUCGUUAAAUCGCGGGCAGACGAUUCUGGGGAAUACAUGUGCGUUUACACAUUUGCCAUGGCACCGAAUGCAAAUGCUACAAUCGAAGUAAAAGCAAAACCUGAUGUCACCGGCCACAAGCGAAGUGAAAAUAAGAACGAGGGGGAAAAUGCAAUGCUUUACUGCAAGUCUGUUGGUUACCCACAUCCCACCUGGACAUGGCGUAAAAUGGACGGAACAUCCUACACGGACAUUGACAACUCCACUGGACGCUUCUUCAUCACUAUCAGAGACAACUACACGGAGCUCAACAUACUGAACCUGGAUAUAAGCAGCGAUCCUGGAAUAUACCAAUGCAAUGCUACUAACGUGAUAGGAAACACUGCUGAGACCACUAUACUUCGGGUGCGCAGCCACCUGGCACCGCUUUGGCCUUUCCUGGGUGUGCUCGCAGAAAUUAUCAUCCUAGUAGUCAUCAUCGUUGUGUACGAGAAACGCAAGAGGCCGGACGACAUUAUUGAUGACGACGAACCAGUCGGACCAACGAAAACCAAUUCAACAAACAACCACAAGGACAAAAACAUUCGCCAGAGGAAUACAAAAUAAGCAAUUUACUCAAACAAAAUGGCUAAACUGCAUUUUUGACAACAUGAAGGUAACAGAGGUGGAUAAAGCUCCG